UUUCGCGGUUGCACACAGACAGUGCAUGAAACGCAUGUGGUUGUUAAGCUUAUGAUUUUAUCUGAUUCAGUGCUUCUAUAAUCAGGCUUGCGGUAUCUGUCCCUGAAAUAUACAGUCACAUACUUCCGAAAUGAAGCUUUUAACGCAUAAUAUGUUGACAUCUCACGUGAAAGGCGUGACAAAAGGAUACCCGCUAAUUAUCAAGGCGACAGAGAUCAAAGUGAAUGAAGUGGAUUUUAACCCAGAGUUUGUGACCCGAAUGAUACCAAAGUUAGAGUGGGGUGCGUUAGUCCAGGCAGCAGAAGGGCUUGGACAUUCUCAAGACCUGCCCAGCACACUCACAGCAAACUUUGAAAAUGAUGAAGAAUUUCUGCGCAAAGUUCACAAAAUUCUGCUGGAGGUUGAGGUUAUAGAGGGUUGUUUGCAGUGUCCGGAGUCUGGCAGAGAGUUUCCCAUCUCCAAAGGGGUUCCCAACAUGUUACUCAAUGAAGAUGAGUCAUAGGUGAAGCUGCUAGACCCUUCUCAAACAGUAAUUGGACUGAUGCAGCACCCCAGAACAAAUCAGUUAUGAUUGCUGUACCCAGCUGAUUGUUUCUGUCAUUUUGAUUGUCAUUUUCAAGAAAGCAUGUGAUCCUCAAGUUAUUCUGAAUUCACACAUUAGUCAUAUUCAGUUGCAAGAACAUGGUUCCCACUGUAUUAGGGUUUCUCUCAGAAUUGACAUUUUAUUUUUUCUGUCAUUGUAUCUUGUGCUCUGUAAUAUAUUGAAUAAAUUUGAAUUGAUUUUGA